AUGUCAUUCCUUAGCAGUGAAAACCAAGAGAUUGCUCAGCCUAUGGAACUUUCCCUUUUUGCCUCCCCAUCCAAUCAGGUUGCAGUUGAAAAGGUUUAUUAUACGGAAGCAAGACCGAUUUCUAAUAUAAGUGCCUCAGAUACUCCAAUUGAAAUUGUUGUGUCUGGAGCAGGAGCUGAAUAUAUUGAUCUCAGGAAAAGUAAACUGUAUGUUAAAGCUAGGAUUAUAAAAGCUGAUGGUCAAGCUUUGGCUGCGGCUGAAAAAACCGGAAUAAUAAAUUUGCCUUUACAAAGCAUCUUCUCCCAGAUGGAUAUUUAUUUGAAUAACAAAUUAAUAUCUCUGAAUACUACCAACUACCCUUGGAAAGCUUAUAUGAAAACCGUAUUAUUUAGCGGUCGAGAUGAAUUGUUAUCUCAGAAACAAUCGCAGUUGUUUACAAAAGACGAAGGGAAUUUAGCAGAUCCAAAUGCAUAUAAUGGCGGAAAUGCAGGCUUAGUCGAAAGAUAUUCUUAUACACAGAAAAGCAAUGUUUUUGAAAUGGAAGGAAGCUUAAUGGAAGAUAUAUUUGACCUUGAUAAGUACCUUAUCAAUGGUGUAGAUAUUUACAUGAAAUUAUUCCGAUCAUGCAUACCAUUUAUUAUCAUGUCUGCGGAGGCAUCCCCUGCUUACAAACUAGAACUUUUAGAUGUUGUGUAUAAAGUUGCAAAAGUGAGAGUUGAUCCUGGAGUAUUAAUCAAUCACAGUAAACAGAUAGAAUCUACCCCAGCCAAAUAUAUUUUACCAAGAAACGAAGUGAAGAUGAAUACCAUACCGAAAGGAUCUACGGAAUUUUACUGGGACAAUAUAUUCCCACAGGCUGUACCUGAUCGUAUAAUAAUUGGUCUAUUGUCUCAAAGUGCUGUUAAUGGAGACUACUCAGCCAAUCCAUUCAAUUUUGCACCGUAUGCAAUAACAGAUGUGGGUGUUUAUAUUAACGGUGAAAGUAUACCCGGUAGACCAUUAAAAUUGGACUUCGAAGCUGGAAACUAUGCUUCAGCCUAUGCGCGAUUAUUUGAACCUUGUGGAAAGUGGAACAAAGAUACAGGCUUAUACAUAGACAGAGAAGACUUUGGGAAAGGUUAUGCAUUUUACGUGUUUACUAUCAAUCCUUGUGGAUUUGGAGAAGAGUAUAUAAACUUGAUACGUCGUGGAAAUACUAGAGUAGAGCUGAAAUUUAAGACUGCUACUACAGAAGCCUUAAACGCCGUGGUAUUUUCAACUUACUCAGCCUUGCUUGAAAUUAACAAAGCUCGUGAUAUCAACUACAUUCAACCAUGA